AUGAGGGUGGUGGUGGUGGCGGGGACGUUUUGCGGUGUGGGCGCCACGUCCGUGGCCGCCGGGGUCAUGGACGCGCUGAGGCGGCGGGGCCUGCGCGUGCAGGGCUUCAAGAUCGGACCAGGCUUCAGCGACAGCAAGCUGGUUGAGGCGGCCACUGGGCGCAUGUGCGUCAACCUGGAUCCCUGGAUGGCGCCGCAGGAGCACUUGCUGGCCUGCGUGCACCGCUACGCGCCGGAGUCGGACGUCGCCGUCGUGGACGGCUUCCAGGGCCUGUUCGACGGAUCGUCGGCGCCCGACGCCGGCGCCUGGAGCACGGCGGGCGUGGCCAAACUGCUGGGCGCGCCCGUGGUGCUGGUGAUCGAUGCCGCCCCGCUGGGCCACAGCGCCGCGCCGCUGGUGCGGGGGUUCGAGGGAUUCGACCGUCGGCUGCGCGUGGCUGGUGUCGUGCUCAACCGGGUGUCCGGGGCCGGCCACGGCGACGGGAUCCGGGAGGCGAUGCGCAAGGGCGGGGUGAAGGCGACGGUGCUGGGCGCGCUGCCGAUGAGCGACGACGUGGUGGACCUGGAAGAGUGGCGCUGGGCGCAGCACCUGUCCAAUGGGGCGAUGACGCCCGAGAAGUAUGCCUCCGCGCUUGGAGAUUUGGUGACGGCAUCCGUCGACAUUGACAAGGUCCUGGAGAUGGCCGAGACGUCUAAGAUCCCAAAGUGCCCAGACCUCAAGCUGUCGCUGGGACCCCCGCUCUCCGCCCCGGUGAAGAUAGCCGUGGCCAAGGACGAUGCCUUCUCCUUUUACUACCACGAAAACUUCGUGAUGCUGGAGGCCUUCGGCGCAGAAUUGGUAUUUUUCUCCCCGCUGCAAGAUGAGCAGCUCCCCUCUGGCGUGGCUGCCAUCUAUCUCGGUGGCGGCCACCCAGAGGCGUAUGCCAAGCGCCUCACACAGAACAAGACACUGCUUGCAUCGAUACAUGCUUUUGCCGCAGCUGGAGGAGUCGUUUAUGCGGAGGGAGGUGGCCUGCUGUACCUGUCAAAGAGCAUCCAAAACAUUGGGGAAUUUCCCAACGAACUAGUUGGCGUGUUCCCAUUCCGUACACGAAUGGCACCUGAGUCCAUUUGGCGGAGUGGCUAUGUGGAGGUGGAAGUGCUGGACCACAGCCGCGUGCUGCCCCCAGGUGGCCGCAUUCACGGCCAUGUGUCCCACCGCUCCCAGGUGGUCGAAGAGAUCGUUCGUUCAGCCUUUGGGUCUGUGUGCUCAGAGCAGAGCGGCUACAGCUUUGUAUACCGCCUGCAUCCUCAGGAUGAUGAGAGUGCAGUGGCCACGUAUGAGGGCUACUCAUGGAAUAAUGUGGUUGCAAGCUACGUGCACCUGCAGUUUGCAAGCUCGCCCGAGGCCGCCAGCACCCUUGUGACAAAAUCGCAGGAGGUGGAUGUUGUGAAGGUAUUCGAGUCUGUGGCGCAGGCGGUGAAGGUCGCCAGCAACCCAGUGGGCAAAUCGCCGCAGAAGCAUGGCUUUAACUCAGACCUGAAAGCCACCAAGCUCCCGCGCAUCGCCCGCUCGGCCAGCUUUGACAACAUGGACAGCAUGAAAGGUGGGGUGCACACCAAGGACAGGAGUGACCAGAUGAAGCUCCACAGAUACAGCAUGGAGCAUGCCCAGCACACAUGGCGCAUCUCCACGGGCCUUUGGACCUCAGUGGCAUCAGCAGACCUUGAAGAUGGGGCUGGCAAGAAGGGGGAGCGCUUUUUGUUGGGCCUUUCGAACUGGAAAGGGGCCAUGAAUCGGGACGCAGCAGACAGGGCAAAGAGGUCUGACUCUUCUCUGGCAUCGACAACUGGACGGGCCUCCCCCCCAAUCGAGUCGUCCGCCUCUUCCUGUACAGAGUUUAUGGUGCCAAGGUCGCUGGCUGAGAAGCACCAGCUCAAUGAGAAGAUCGUGUCGAUGUCCAGCACCUGCACGGAGAUUGUGUUUGCCCUGGGGCUGGAUGGUCGUUUGGUGGGGGUGACCAACCUGUGCGACUACCCAGCUGAGGCGCGUGAGGGGCGGAUGGUGGUGGCACGCACACGCUUCGACACUUCAAGGCUGGACAAGGGUCGGCUGGAGAUGAAACUGAAGGACUUCUGGUGCAGGAGGGAGUCAGCUUUUGAGCUGAAUGAGGGGUUUUUGAGGAGUGCACAACCUGGGGUGGUGCUGGUGGAGGAGGGGGGGGACCCAGGCAGAGAAACUGUGGAAAAGCUGUUCAACUCCAGAGCCAGCUCCAUAGGGGGCCUGCGCCCCAACAACAACACCGUUGUGCUCUCCCUCCAGUGCCAUCGCCUCAGCGAGGUAUUCAACUUCAUGCUGAAGGUGGGCGACGCGACAGGCGCUGUGGAUGCCGUGCAGCGCAUCGUGGACGCCCUGCGGAGCCGUGUCGCCCGGGUGGGCUCCCUCGUGUCCUCCAACCUGCCCCGCGAGAGUGUAGUGGUCUUGACAGGUCUGAACCCGCUUGUGGUGGGUGGACACUGGAUACCUGAGAUGGUGAUGCUGGCUGGUGGGGUGGCAGAGGGCAACCAUGUAGGACGGCCUCAUCUGCGCAUAUCCUGGCAGGAACUGAGGGAACUGGAGCCUGAGGUGCUGAUCCUUGCGGCCUCCACGUGGGAGGAGACCAAGCUGGAGCUGGCUCAGUUGGCUAGCCUGCCAGGCUGGUGGACCCUGCCAGCGAUGAGGACGGGCCACCUGUACGUGUGCAACCACUCGCUGUUCACCAUCCCCGGCCCCCGCCUGGUGGACGGUAUCGAGCUGCUGUCCCGCAUUCUGCACCCCAGCGUCGCUGGGCAGCAUGGCAAGCGCGGCAUGGCCAUGAGCUGCAGCCUGCGCAACGGCGCCAGGUGCCGGGCCUGCAACCUGUCCAAGCACUUUUACACACUGCUGUGA